AUCACAGCACAGAGAGCGCUCAUAAUUAACUCAUCCCGUAUAACUUGUGUUUACUCUUGCUGGUGUCACACUUCAGAGAACAAUACAAAACUUAAGGAUCCUGAUGUUAUCAAAUCAGUCUGAGAAGGUCAUAAACUGUAAAUGAUGCUGGGCUGAACAGAACAAAUGCUGCUUUCAAGUCAAGAGAAGUCCCUACUUUGUUCCAAAUUGUAGUUAUAACAUUACAUGUAGCUAAGCAUGUACAUAAGGUGUGUAAAUAUUUAUAUGUACUUUAUCAAUCUCGUACUGUCACAGAGGAUAAAGGGAAAAUGUAGUUUGGUAGCCCGUUUCAUAAGCUGGCUAAAUGAGAACUAUUUUCUGAUGUCACAAUCAUCUAUAAAAAGUAAUUCUAGUUCUACUUCCUCAUUUACAAACACAUUUUAUACAGAGCAAACUCUACCAACAUCAAUUAUGUUGGUGUUACAAAAUCAGAUCAGUGCCAUUUCACUAUUUUAGUAAAAAAAAAAAAUUAUAUAUUUUUUUUUAAUUAGAUUUUAUUUGUAUACUUUCAGUUUUCAUUUUAGUUUGAGUAAUUUCUAAAAAUUAAUUUUUAUUAGUUUUUUUUUUUUUUUUAUCUCUAGCUAUUUUUAUCCUAUUUUCCAUUUAGUUAUGUUCAGCUUUCAUUUUAAUUUUAUUUUAAGUUUUAGUAAUUUUGUUAUGUGCCUUUAUCACUUUUAUUAGUUUUUUUUAAUCUCUAUUUGGCUAUUUUUAUUCUAUUUAUUUAGGUAUGUUCAGUUUUCAUUUUAAUUUUAGUUUAAGUUUUAGUCAUUUUGUUAUGUACUUGUCACUUUUAUAAUUUUUUAAAAAUCUCCAUUUAGCUAUUUUUAUUCUAUUUUCUGUUUAGGUAUGUUCAGUUUUCAUUUCAAAUCAGUUGCCAAGACAGCAUUUCUAAUUUUCUAAGGUUUUUUAGUUCAAGUUGUUUCAUCUAAUAGUUGCAGCUUUAUUAUAUUUAACAGAAAUAAUUUAGAAGUUUUAGUUACCAAUAAGACUGCUUAACCGCACAGUAAAAAAAAUAAAAAAUAAAAAAAGAUAAAUAAAUGAGGACUUUUUUGAAACCCUUCAGAUUACAAUGAGCUUUCUGUUUGUUUUUAUAAGGGAAAAGUCAUUAUGAUGAUAAAAAUGCGUUCAUCUUGUAAACACUUACUGGUCAUUAUAAUAACUGCCCCUUUAGCUUAAACUCCUUUCCUGCACUUAAGUGCGAAGUGUUAGUUUCGAUUUGAGCCAUUGCCCUGCGAUUGGCUGGUGGUUGUGCUAAUUAAAAGGCGACCACAGCUUUUUUUCACUCUAGACUGUGUAUUUGUUUGAGGUCUGUGCGCUGACGCGGAAGCGUUCAGCCGUCGUGUUCAGUCUCCUCGUGUAAAGACCUGCGACUUUUUCCUGCGCGACUUGAACCGAGCAACGACACCGAGCUACACAAUUAAGUAUCUUUUUUUCCUUCCUCACACACUCUGCUUUCCUAUCCUCUUUCCUUCUACCUCUAUCAUGCGUCUCCAAAACAUUCCGGCUCUCUCUCAGCCACGCUCUAAAAUCACACGCAGACGGCAACGUAAUCCCGCUAACCUACACCCUAUCUCUACAUCUUCCGCUACACCUCUGGCUUUCUCUGUGGGUCUCUGGAAUUGUCAGUCAGCCGUCAACAAAACCGAUUUCAUUUCUGGCUUUUCUUUAAAAUCCACUCUCAGCAUCUUGGGCUUGACUGAGACCUGGAUUCGUCCAGAAGACUCAGCAACCCCAGCUGCUCUCUCUACUAAUUUCUCUUUCUCUCACACUUCGCGUCAAGUUGGCCGGGGUGGGGGUACUGGCCUGCUCGUUUCAAACAAUUGGAAAUACUCAACCCGCUCUACCCCAUGCAAUUACAACUCAUUUGAAUCUCAUGCCAUUACUGUAUCAGCUCCGAUAAAACUCCAGAUUGUGGUAAUCUACCGUCCCCCUGGACAAAUUCUAGCCACCUUCCUAGAGGAGCUGGACGGGUUGUUGUCCUCUUUCGUGGAGGAUGACACUCUACUCUUAGUCUUUGGUGAUUUCAGCAUUCACCUAGACAAGCCUUAUGCUACAGACUUCCAUUCACUCCUAGCUUCAUUUGAUCUCAAACGCCUUACCACUACUAGCACGCACAAAUCAGGCAACCAACUGGAUUUAAUUUACACACGCAAUUGUGCUGCAGAUAACAUUCUGGUACAGCCACUACACAUCUCGGACCAUUUCUUCAUUACAUUUACACUACAUUUUGCUACCAGUGUGCCACCAACCCCCCUACCGGUUACUUUUAGACUAAACCUACGCUCCCUUUCUCCUUCCCAUCUUUCAUCUGUAGUAUCCUCCUCUCUUCCCUCACCUACCCAUUUCUCAUCUCUGGAUGUAAACGCAGCUACUGACACUUUAUGCUCUACCUUAACUUCUUGCCUAGACGACAUUUGUCUUCUCUCCUCUAGGUCAGCACGAGCUGCCCCUUCUAACCCCUGGUUAUCUGAUGUUCUUCGUGAACAUCGGACAAAACUCAGAGUGGCAGAGAGAAAAUGGCACAAAUCAAACAACCCGUCGGACCAGAGUAGGUAUCAGUCUCUGCUCUCAUCUUUCUCUGCUGAUGUCCACACUGCCAAAUCCUCACAUUUCCACAACAAGAUCAACAGCACUCCAGACAUGCGUAAUCUCUUCAGAACAUUUAAUUCUCUCCUCUGUCCCCCUCCACCACCUCCCACCACUUCUAUUACAGCUGAUGACUUUGCAACUUUUUUUACAGACAAAACUAGAUCGAUCAGUGGUCAGUUCUCACCUCCACGCACACAGGACCCCCAACCAACCACAUCCACUGCUAAAACUCCCAUCUUCUCCUUCUGUCCCCUGACGGAGGCUGAAGUAUCCAAACUUCUCCUCUCCAAUCAUCCUACAACAUGUCCUCUUGACCCAAUCCCCUCACACCUUCUGCAAGCAAUCACUCCCACACAUCAUCAACACAUCCCUCCUCACAGGCAUCUUCCCCACUGCGUUCAAGCAGGCUCGGGUAACCCCACUGCUCAAAAAAACCUACAUUAAACAAUUCUCUUAUAGAAAACUAUAGACCUGUCUCUCUCCUUCCAUUCAUAGCGAACACACUUGAACGUGUUGUCUUCAACCAGGUCUCAUUGUUUCUUUCACAGAACAACAAACUGGACGCUAAACAGUCAGGUUUCAGGAGUGGCCAUUCAACUGAGACUGCGCUUCUUUCGGUCACUGAAGCCCUGCGAAUUGCAAAAGCCCAUUCCAAAUCAUCAGUCCUCAUUCUGCUGGAUCUAUCUGCCGCGUUUGACACCGUCAAUCAUAAGAUACUCCUCUCCACCCUCUCAUCACUGGGCAUCGCUGGAAUUCCACUUCGCUGGUUUGAAUCCUAUCUCACUGAUGAUCCAACGGUAGCUGCAAGGAUCUCAGGUUGCCUGGCAGACAUCUCGGCAUGGAUGAAAGAACAUCACCUUCAGUUUAACCUGGCAAAGACGGAGCUUCUUGUCUUUCCCGCCGCUCCAACUCUACAGCAUGACAUCACGAUCCAGUUAGGUUCAUCAACAAUUACCCCAUCAACUUCGGUCAGAAAUCUUGGUGUAAUCUUUGAUGACCAGCUGACCUUCAAAGACCACAUUGCAAAGACUGCCCGAUCUUGCAGGUUUGCACUACACAACAUCAGAAAGAUCAGGCCCUUUCUGACGGAGCAUGCUGCACAACUUCUUGUCCAGGCCCUUGUCAUUUCUAGGCUGGACUUCCAUCAAACACAGUCAAACCUCUACAAAUGAUUCAGAAUGCGGCGGCACGACUGGUCUUCAAGGAACCCAAAAGAGCCCAUGUCACACCUCUCUUUAUCUCAUUGCAUUGGCUACCAAUCGCAGAUCGCAUCAAGUUCAAGACACUGAUGCUUGCUUAUAGAACAACCACAGGCUCAGCACCCGCCUACAUGCACUCACUAUUAAGAAUCUACAUCCCCUCCAGAAGUCUGAGAUCUGCUAGUGAGCGACGCCUCAUGGUACAAUCACAAAGAGGCUCAAAAUCACUCUCCAGAACAUUCUCGGUCACCAUUCCUGGCUGGUGGAAUGAUCUUCCCACCCAUAUUUGGAGUGCUGGAUCCCUGUCAAUCUUCAAGCAACAGCUGAAAACUCAUCUCUUUCGACACUACUUGACUUCACCUUACACAUUUAAAAAAAAAAAAACUUUCUCCUUAUUUAUUCCUUCCCUUGCUAGCUUGUACUUAUUUAAACCAUUCCUGAGACUUGGAGUUACAAGCACUUCGUUUGUCGGAUUGCCUCUUCAAGAUGAAUCGCUUUAUUUAUUCCCCAAUUGUAAGUCGCUUUGGAUAAAAGCGUCUGCAAAAUGACUAAAUGUAAAUGUAAAUGUAAAUACACUCAUUCCAGAAUGACUUGAAAGCAGCAAAAGGAUGAAAUGUAAAGGGUGUUGUAUGCAAACAAUGCAUGUAACACAUUAUUUAGAGGCUCAUGUUGGCAUUUAUUUCAUUCAGACUUAUUUGAUUCAUUCAGUGCAAUCUAACCAAAGUGAAUAGAGUGCAGAUGCCCAUCUGCUUUAGUCAAAGGUGUUCUCAAAACUGAAAGAGAAAGCAUCUGAAAAGAUCAGGUUGAGUUAAUAACACACACACACAAAAAAACAAAAACAAAAAAAACUUAUGGACAAACAAAGAGAGACAUUAACGUAACAUACAACUCUACAAAUCUAGUUUUUCAUGCAGUUCAGAGACUGAAGGAACACCGUGAGCAGUGCACUUAAGUUCAUUUAAGCUCAUAGGAGAGAGUUAGUGUUUGACUACACGGAAAGAACCGUCAAAUCCAUUAGACAGUCGGAGCGGAAAAGGUUUCAGCACAUACAACUGCUAACACAAGAGAGAGCUAUAAGUCUAUAGUCUAGUCACUAUAACGAUAUAAAAGCUUUCCAGAUACAUUUGUGAUGAAAUCGUGAACUAGGGGACCAAUAAAGUUUAUGUGAGGAGAUCAUUUAGAACACGGACAGAAGGACACACCAGUCAUUUAUCAGAAAUGUGACUAUCAGUACUUUUACUAGGCGCAGUAAAAGGUUUUCAGUGCAAGCUUAUGGAUCAGAAUUGGCGAUCAAAUCAAAUGGAAACACUUCAUAAUAACCAUCAUUCACAAACGUUAUAAUACUUAACAGCAGUUGAUAGCUCAAUUUUUGAAUGCAAUGACGAAUUAUUUAACAUUUUCAAUGCAUUAAGACAAUAAUGGCUUUGAAAACAAAGCAAGAAUAUGACUUUAAAUUAUGGCCUCAUAACGCCAAGUCUGAUGCAUGUGUAAAUGGUGUAAACUGCAUUUGCAAAAGCAAACACACAGAGAGACACACACACACACACAGUGUUCUGUGAGAAUGUGAGGAUAGUAAUAAAAGUCUCGAGCCAUCCAAAGAGCAAGAGAGCCGCCCAUGAGCACACAAACCCGUGUUAAUAAGACAGGAGGAGUUUAAAGAAAACAAGUUAUGCA